UCCACAGCCCAGGCGGACCCUGGGCAGAGCCAGAGUCAGCGGCCGGCGGGCGGACAGCACACGAGACAUUUUUCAUUUUUAGGCACUGGGGACAUUGGUUUGUCAGCCAGAGUCAUCUACAAAACCAUGGACGAUACAAGAGCGGUGCUUGACAGCGAAGAGUACCCCAACAGUGAGGUUCAGAAAAGCCAAGUGCUGACUCUGGAAGAAUGGCAGGAAAAGUGGGUGAAUCACAAAAUUGGAUUUCAUCAAGAACAAGGACAUCAGCUAUUAAAGAAGUAUUUGGAUACUUUUCUUAAAGGCGAGAAAGCCCUGAGGGUAUUUUUCCCUCUUUGUGGAAAAGCAGUUGAGAUGAAAUGGUUUGCAGACCGAGGACAUAGUGUAGUAGGCGUGGAAAUCAGCGAACUUGGGAUACGGGAAUUUUUUAUGGAGCAGAAUCUUUCUUACUCAGAAGAACCAAUUAUGGAAAUUCCUGGAGCCAAAAUAUUCAAGAGUUCUUCAGGGAACAUUUCAUUGUAUUGCUGCAACCUUUUUGAUCUUCCCAGAGCAAAUAUUGGCAAAUUUGACAGGAUUUGGGAUAGAGGAGCCUUAGUUGCUGUUAAUCCAGGUGAUCGCAAACGCUACUCAGAGGUGAUGUUGUCCCUAACGAGACCUGGAUUUCAGUACCUCUUGUCUGUUUUUUCUUAUGAUCCAACUAAACAUGCAGGUCCACCAUUUUAUGUUACAGAUGGUGAAGUUAAAAAUUUGUUUGGUUCAGUAUGCAAUAUUCAAUGUCUAGAGGAGGUUGAUGUUUUUGAAGAACGACAUAAAAGUUGGGGAAUUGACCAGAUUAUUGAAAGGUUAUAUCUAUUUACAGAAAAGUAAAUGAGACCUAAAUAGAAGCAAAUAAUAUCAAAAUGUUUUUGAGCAAUUGAAAAUUGUGCUAAGGCAUGAAAAUGGAUGACUUUUGGGGAAAAAAUUGUUCACAAAUCAUAUUGUAGAUCUUUGCUAAAAAAUGCUUAUAACUUUUUAGAAAAAGCACAUAUUUUGGAAAGGAGCGUAUGGCUGAGAAUAAAAGAUUAUACUUGCGUGUCUUACAGAUUGUAAGAAUUUUUUACAAUCAACAUGUAUUAUAUAAUUUAAAAAGAAAUGCAAUGUAUAUAACUUAAAUAUAAUAGAAAAAAUGGUAUCUUUAUGAAAUUUAGAAACAUUGAGGAGAUGUAACACUUUUAAUAGGGUUCAAGGUAAAAGCUAGCCAUCUAAGACAUUAUAAUAAAACAUUAAUUUUUACUAUAAACCCUCAAAUUGUACUAAAUCCUAGCAUUUCUUUUCACAUUUUUCUUCUUAUAUAAUUUUAUAUGCGACAGAAUGAAGAAAAAAAUUUUUUAACUAAUGAAAUUGACCACUCUAUAUGGAACAAAAUAUUUUUCCCACUGUAAAAAUAAACUAUAUUUAGAAGUUUU